AUGCAACUCACUAUCUUGGGUCUUCUCGCUCUGGCCAUUGGCCCCGCCGCUGCUAUCGACGGACUCGACUUUGAGAUAUUCUUCACCGGAGACGGAAGCCCCGCCGCCCAGCACUGCGGAGGAGACAGCAUCCAGGCCUUUAACGAGACGGUGACCAAUAACGGAUGCGAAUCGUGGCGGUUUGCGUACGGAGAUGCUGUGAGAUUGGUGUCUGGACAGGUCAUCCCCGCGUCUCUGCAGACCAACGACGAGCAGACGUGCACUCUAUACUGGGUGCAGGAGAUUAACGGCAUCAACUCGCAGACCUGCGCGGAUACUAUUUUGGCCACUACGGCUGAAUUGACUGAUGAGUGCUAUGUUGCGCCGGUAGGGGUUUAUGGGCUGAAUGUUGUGUGUGAGCAGAAUUGA